UCACUUUCACUGCAGACUCAAUUGCAGCUUAUCACUCCGAGAGGCCAAAAAGCAUAUAAAUAUCUCCGAAAAUGGCGCAUGAACUCUCCUGUGUCAACCGUCCGUUAGAGAUGAUGAGCUCCUCAUCUACUUCUCCUAAUCCCGCUCUUUUAGGCUCCUUCGCGCCCCUCUUUUGCUCUCUCGACUCGAAAAUUUCUUUCAAAUUUCCCGCUCUCUCUCGAUGGUCGUCUCUCUCUCCAGUCAGGAUUCGCGCCGCGCCUUUACGUGAUUGUUCUCACCACUUCAUCAAUGAUGAAUCAGGCCAAAGUCGUUCGAACCGAAGGAGGAUGCUUCUCUUUACAUCUACACUUCCAUUUCUUUCUCACUUUCAUGUAUCUAUGGAGGCCAUUGGCGUUGAGGCCACCGAGUCAGAUUCAAGUAACCUUUUGCUUGUGAAGAAAGAAAUAAAGAAGAUACUCUCGAAAGGCAAGGCUGCUAGUCUUCUCCGUCUUGUAUUUCAUGAUGCUGGAACCUUUGAAAUGGAUGGGAAGUCAGGGGGUAUGAAUGGCUCUAUAAUUUACGAACUUGAUAGACCUGAAAAUGCUGGUUUAAGGAAACCUCUGAAGAUUCUAGAGAAAGCAAGGAGCGAGAUGGAUUCAGUACUGUCAGUAUCCUGGGCAGACAUGAUUGCUGUGGCUGGAGCAGAGGCAGUUUCAUUUUGUGGCGGUCCACCAAUACCAGUUCAGUUGGGCAGACUAGAUUCAAUGGAGCCUGAUGCAGAAGGCAAACUUCCUCAAGAAUCUUUGGAUGCUUCUGGUUUGAAGCAAUGUUUUCAAAGAAAAGGCUUCUCAACACAAGAACUUGUGGCUCUAUCUGGGGCUCAUACCCUUGGGAGUAAAGGGUUUGGAAAUCCAACUGUUUUUGACAAUUCUUACUAUAAAAUUCUCCUGGAGAAGCCAUGGAUUACUUCUGCUACUGCUAUGUCAAGUAUGAUUGGGCUUCCUUCAGAUCGUGCACUUGUUGAGGAUGAAGAUUGUUUGAGAUGGAUCAAAAAGUAUGCUGAUAAUGAGGAUUUGUUCUUUGAGGAUUUUAAGAAUUCAUAUAGCAAGCUAGUGAAUUCUGGUGCAAGAUGGAAAAGCUUAUGAUGCCUUUUGAGAAUGGGAAAGACCGGAUCGAAAUCUACUACCACCAAACCAACUUUCAAGUUCCAACCACGAAAGGUAUUUUCCUAGUUAUUUUAAAUUCUGUGAUCCCUCCAUAAUGACUGACUUGGUAAUUAAGUCAAGUCAAUGACAUCAUCAUGCAUUUUGUUGUUGUCAAUUUAUUUAUUACUGAAAA